AAAGCCUACAAAUUUGUCAGUGAAGAACUCCACGUCUACGCGCAAAAAUUAUUAAUGCUCCUUUCUUCAUAACCAAUUAUACUAAGCCUAGAUAAGACUACCAGUUCCUCGCUGCAAAAAACCUUCCAUAAAAAAAAAACCAUCUUGUUCUCAGAGCUGUAUAUCCACGGAAGAAGAAAUGGCCGACCCUGUUAUCAGUGCCACUGUCCAGGUUGCCUUGGAGACGGCAGUAUCUCUUGCCUCUGACAGGAUGGGUAUGUUAGUUGGCUUCAAGAAGGAUGUGGCCAGCAUGAGACGUUCUCUCCGCCUGAUCAAUGCUGUCUUGGCUGAUGCUGAAGCAAAGCAAAACCAGAACGAAGCAGUGCAAGAAUGGUUGAAGAGUCUCGAGGAGGUGGCUUAUGAUGCUCAGAAUGUGUUGGAUGAGCUCCACUAUGAAUCUCUUCGUCACCAGGUGGAGUCCCGAAACCGACCCAAGCUCAAGGUAUGCUGCUUCUUCUCCUUCUCUAACAUUAAUCUUGCUUUUGGGAGAAUGGCUUCCAAGGUCAGGGACGUCAAACUGAAGUUGAAGGAGAUAAAUCAACAAGCCCGUUUUUUGGGACUGGUUGACAGGGCAGUCGUGACGGCUGCCCUCCCUCCUGCUGCUGGAGACACGAGAAAUCGGCAGACCGACUCUGUUGUUGCUCCAAUGGUUGGAAGAGCCGAUGAUGAAUCAAAGAUAGUGAAGAUGAUGUUGAGCCGGUCCGAGAAGGUUGUUUCUGUUCUUCCCAUAAUUGGUAUGGGAGGUCUAGGCAAAACAACUUUGGCUAAAUCCGUAUACAACAACAAGCAAAUUGAUGAACACUUUGACAUAAAGAUUUGGGUUUGUGUAUCGAAAAAAGUUCCAAUAGUUGAGCUUUUCAAACUCAUAUUAGUGCAAUUGACGGGAGAAAAGGUUGAAGUAGAUGAUAGGAAUGUCGUCGUUGGAAAAAUUGGGAAUCAACUAGGGGGAAAAAGAUAUUUCCUAGUGCUUGAUGAUGUGUGGGAUGAUGAUGAGGCAUUGUGGGAUGACUUUUUCACCACCUUGAAGGGGCUCAAUCCAACCAAUGGAAGUUGGUGUCUUGUCACUACUCGUUUAAGGAUGAUGGAAAAUGAAGCCUAUCCAUUAAGAAAACUACCUGAUGAUCAUUGUUGGUCUAUCCUAAAAGAAAAAGUAGUUGGAGGGGAAGAAGAAACUGAUGAACUAAAAGCAAUUAAAAAGAGAGUAAUCAAAAGAUGUGAUGGUCUACCAUUGGCUGCAAGUGUAAUCGGAGGUCUAUUGUCUUUAAAGAGAAAAGAGGAGUGGCAAUCAAUUUUGAAGAAUAGGCUUUUGAGUUUGAGUACAGGUGGAGAUCAUGUGAUGCAAAUACUUAAGUUUAGUUUUGAUAAUUUGCCAUCUCCAUACAUUAAGAAAUGUUUUGCAUAUUGUUCUAUAUUUCCUAAGGAUACUGAGAUGGAAGGAGAUAUGCUAAUCAAACUUUGGAUGGCAGAAGGUUUCCUCCAAGCAGAUCUCAACAGCCAAAUGAUGAUGGAGGAAAUUGGAAUGAAUUAUUUGAGAAUUUUAUUGCAGAGUUCGUUGUUGAAAGAAACAAGAAAUUAUCAGGGAACAUGUUAUAAGAUGCAUGAUCUGGUCCACGACCUUGCAGAGUCAAUGUCAAAGUCUACCAAAGUCAUUAUUGAUAGGGAUACGAGUAUAGUAGACAAUGGUAAUCAGAUUCGUUACCUUGCAACAGACUCAUUUGGUGGCAGAGAAGACAGAGAAAAACUUUUGGAGAGUCUAUCAACUUCACUUCAUACAUUGCUUGUAUUUGGUGACUUAUCUGGUGAUACGUUAAUGAAGUUGAAGAACUUGUAUGUUUUGAAUUUGUCUCGUACAAGAACUCGAGAGCUACCAGUCUCAAUUGGCAAACUGAUACAUUUGCGGUACGUUAACCUUAAGUGGUCUGCAAUCAGUAUUUUGCCAGACUCCCUUUGCAAGCUUUAUAAUCUGCAGACAUUGACGCUAAGUGAAUCUGUUGAAGAUCUUCCGAAGGGGACGUGCGAUUUGAUUAGCUUGAGACAUCUCCACUUUCACACCUUUGAUAAAAAAUUUCAAAUGCCGCUAGAGAUGGGACGGCUGACUUGCCUUCAGACGCUAGAGUUCUUUAACGUGGGUCGAGAGAAGGGUCGACGAAUUGGAGAGCUUGGAAGCUUGAAGAACCUCAAAGGCAAAUUGGAGAUACGCAAUCUGGAACUAGUAAAGGGUAAGGAAGGAGCUGAGGAAGCAAAACUAUCUGAAAAGGCAAAUCUAUUUGGGCUGGUACUUAAGUGGGCCCGUGAACGAGACGGCGACGACUACAACGAUGAAGAUGUGUUAGAUGGCCUUCGACCCCACCCAAAUUUGGAGCAGUUGCUAAUCUUGUAUUUUAUGGGCGAUCAAUUUCCUCGAUGGCUAAUGGAUUUGCCAACAACACUCCCCAAGUUAGCGCGUUUGAAAUUUAAUUCCUGCCCCCGAUGCAAAGAACUCCCUCCCCUACAAAACUUUACAUCUCUUAAAGAGCUGGAGAUUUUUGAGUGCCAUGGGUUGACGAAUCUGCCCGGUGACAUGCUACACUCUUGUACCUCUCUCCAGAAGCUUCAGGUGAAUUUUUGCUACAAUCUUAUCUCCUUUCCGCUUGAUUUGCAACAAACGCCUUCUCUCUUGGAUCUGGUAUUAUGCGAGUGUCCCAAACUGAAAACAAGUAUGGUGCCCAAAGGAUUUGGUUUCCUAACCAGCUUAAGGGAGCUUAUAAUUGGUCCCUUCUCAGAUGAUGAUAAUGAUCAUGAAAAUUCUUCAAUUUACUAUGAGUUUGAUUGGUCUGGAUUGAUAUACUCCUCCUCCUCUUCGUCAUUCGCACUCCGCGGACUAGGAUUAAUUGGGUUGCCACACAUGGAGUUCUUGCCACAUCAGAUCCAAUUCUUGACCACUCUCACGUCACUAACGCUAGCUUUCUUUGAAGGCAUAAAAGCUCUGCCAGAUUGGUUUGGAAACUUCGCUGCUCUUGAAGAGCUAUAUUUAUAUGAUUUCAAAGAGCUUCGAGAUCUACCCUCUGAGGAUGCCAUGAGACAUCUCACCAAACUAAAACGUCUGCGGGUUUAUGGUUCUCCUCUGUUAAAAGAAAGAUGCACUCGUGAGAGCAGCGGCCCCGACUCCCAGUGGUUCAAAGUUUCUCAUAUUCAAGACCUAGUCAUAACUAAUUAUUAACCAUUCAUCUUCGGAUCAAAUUCAAUCAUGAUUGAUAGAAGAAUAGCUUCACGAACAGGGGUCAGAAUUUUGAAGCUUCUUCAGCACCGUCUACAUGGCUAGUACUCAAUAACUUUUGGCCUGCAUUUCCUACAAAUAGCCAAUCAAUGUUUAGAACAACUAGCAGUGUAUUUUUGUCUGUUUUACAUGCUUUGCUUCUGUGGAUUUUAAGUUAUUAUUGCUAAAGUCAUCUCACUCUGUUUAAAGUUGUGAUUCUAAGGGGACUGAACUUUUGCCUCUUGAUAAUGGACUUGCAUACUUAUCUGAACUAUUUGACUAGUAAUUUCUCCAUCAGAGUCAUAUAUGAUGGUUUUCUGGCUAACUUUUCCUUGAUUUUGGCUUUUUAGCCAUGAAGACAAUGGUCAAUUGAGGAGUUUUCGCAGCUGUUAGUCAUCACUUUCAUGUUUUGGUUCAAAAAUUCUGGUAAUUUUAGAUAUGCUUCUCUUCUUUCACUGCUCAAUUUUGACUUUUAACUGCUUUAAUAUCUAAUAUAUUACGUAUGAAACAAAAGAAAUCUUGUCGUCACGAAGAUAUUUUUGAGGUAGCCAAGGAAGGUGUGCACUGUUUGAGCAAUGAAGUUGCACAAAAUUUGGUGGAGUAUCUUCCAACAUUCAACUCAAGCCUGCUUGUUGUGACUUGCUGAUCUUAAUGAAUCCACCUUGAUAGAGGCUUUCAAGCUAUCUCUGAUUUUAUGAUUGUCGGUUGCUUCUUUUUGUAUGCGAUUUUAGGGCCAAAGCUUAACAGGGAACCUCAUCGAUUGCUCUUACUUACUGUCUUUACUAUUUCAAGGUCCUACAAUUCCUUACUGAACAAGAUCCUGCUUCAGUUGGAUAGCAACAUCUAGGAUGGCAUUCUCUUUUUCUCUGUGCCUCAGAUGCCCAAAGUCUGAGAUAUCCAUUGGGAUAUGAUUAGAAUAGCACGCUGCUGGCACACUUUUCUUUCUUCCUAGAGUCUAAAACCUGAUAAAAUGCUCUAUCUUCGUCAACUGGCCUCUAUAAACUGCUCGCCAGAGUUUCUUUCCCCAACUUAUGUAAUGUCUCUCAAGAUCAAGAGCCAUCAUUACCAUGAAUUUCUGCUGAUGAUCAUGGGCGGUUUGGUCGGUGAUAGAGAUUGUUUUAGAGAAACUGACCGAGAAUGAGAAGCUUACAAAUUUUCAAUGACUCUGGGUUUAUAGCUCUGUCGGGAACCCUGAUGGCUCCUGAUCACCGCCUUUACUUUUCAAAGUCCUUUCUUUCCCUUAAAUUAUAUCAAGUAAUAAUUGGAGCAAUAACAGAGCAGGUCUGCCAUGUUGGAUGCAGAGUCGGUCCUCUCUCUCUUCAUCACGAUUGAAAGUUACAGGCGUAAAGAUUUCAGGAGUUUCCAAAGCUGUUGGUUGUCAAACUGGUUUUUGGUUCUAAGAGUCCGAUGUUUCUUAGAGCAGCCACAGAAGAUGUCUGUUCAUGCAAUAAAGCUGCAUGGACUUGUUAGAGUAUCUUCUAACACAAUCAAGUCUAAGCUGCAAGUUUUAAAGCAUAUCGCCGUAUCUUCUAACACAAUCAAGUCUAAGCUGCAAGUUUUGAAGCAUAUCACCGUAGUUAGUCAAGGCUGUCAAGCAUACUCGUUGGCUGCUGCUACUUGCUGCAAUUAUUUCAUCCGCUGUGAUGAAGCCUAUUAAGCUCAUCCCGCCUUCUAUACUUGUUGGUUGCUCCUCUCUUCAUGAUGAAAACAUCCAGGAUGGAAUUCUCUUUUGCGCUCUGCCUUGGAUGGCUAAAGCCUUAGAUCUUCUUGUCGGCUGGUGACUUUAAACUGUCCAACCAUUCAGCAAUUUGUAGACAUGUUAAUGAGGUGUUCUUUUACUUCUUUUGGAACUCAAUUUGCCAUAUCUUCCGUGCUGCUUGUAGUUCAAAGUAGCCAGUAUUUUGCAGCAGAAAGAUGUGGAUUAGCUGAACCCUGGUAGCUGCUUGCAUCCUUCUUGAAGUUGUAUCUUAGCUCUAUAACAGGCAACAUAUUUUUUCUCAGUGUUUUGCAGUUGACUACAUGGUUGUGUCCCAUGAUACUUUUCCAUUGCUUAUUGUAUCUGUAAAGCUCAGACAGGACUCAGAGCACAAGAAUCAGUCAGCUUGAGCCCUUCUAUUUAUGUUAAAUCAGAGGGCAGUUUAGAAAACUGAAUUGCUAAGGCGCCAAUUUCUAUUCAAGAAAGGAUCCCACUUGGUGGAUGGGAACGUUGGAGAGAUGAAACUAUGGAAAUCAAUUGAACAGGAUUAUAUAGGAACAUAUAAGGUCAACCUUAGUUCAUCACACUGACAUUUUACAUAGCAUCUAUUUGUAAAAUUACUUCUAUGUGAACUUGUCUCCUUGUACGUCAAUAUUGUUCCAUGAAGCAACAAUGUGACACGGAUCUUACACAUCUUGGCUGCAAAUCCUAUUCAUUCCUAGCUCAGGAUAUGUUACAAGGAAUGCAUUUCUACUUUUCUAUGCCUCUAAGACUUUGACGGUCAAUACAAGUAAAUCUUCUUAUA